AUGGAAAGGAAAGAGGGUAUAGUCAGGUGGUCACCAUAUCAGACCAGAGAUGAGUUCUUGAAGGUUAAUCUUACCAACCACACUAUCCAUCUCUACAAAGCCACUGGUCAUGCGCAGGCCGACAAGUUUGACUAUAGUACUAUAUCGAAACACUCAGAUAUUCCAGACAUCAAUGGAUAUGACUGGUCGCCAAACCACCGUGGAUUGCUUGCUAUAGGUACGCCCUUAGGCGAGGUUCGUCUACUAAGAGUUGAUGAUAACUCCAAUGAAAGUCUGACCCUACCACUCAGAUUUCAACGGGCCUGUCAGGCCGUCACUUUCAAUACUACAGGACUCCUAGCUGUAGGCUUGGAUAGAGUACGAAAUGAUGCUUGUUUGCAAAUUUGGGAUGUAAAUGAACGUCUGGCAAACUGGGAUGCCAGUAAGCCUGGGUUAGCUGUGCCUACUAUGACUAUUGAGCCAAGAAUUAAAAUAGAAGGGGGCAUGUCUGUCACGAGUGUCCGUUUUUUUGAAGAUAGUCCCCAAACCUUGAUCUGUGGAAUAAGAAAUCAGUCUGUAAAAAUAUAUGAUUUGCGAGAUCCCAACUCAAAUGCCGCUACUUUUCAGACCAGAUGUAACAAUAACAUUGCUCUUGAUUAUGUUGAUUCCAACUAUUUUGCCUCUUCAACGCUGGAUCUCCCUGGCCUUGUCAUAUUUGAUAGACGUGCUGCAGGUAUGCGAAAUGUUGCAUCGCCUAGAUACAAUGAAGUUACCGACGAAGGAGAUCUACCGUGGGGUGCUGUCCUAAAGCUGGACCGUAUUAUUGAGGGUGAAAGCAACGUAUCAGUCAAGCAAAUGCGGUUUUCGCGGGAGCACCGCGGUGCCCUUGGGGUUCUUUCUACCUCAGGUCAACUUCAAAUUCUCCAAACACGAAAGGAAUACAUUGAGCCUGGAUCCAUCGAUGAUGUAAAAGGAGGUCCUGAGUUACUUGAAAUAAAAAAAUCUUACGAGUUGCAGCGAGCCUUCAUCAAUUCUAGCUACUCGAAAAGGUUUGAACAUCAGAUAGUCUCUUUUGACUGGAUACAUCUUGGGUCUAUGCAUCUUGAGCCGCGUGUCAUUGGACUUCAAGCAAAUGGCGAAUUUAAAAUAUUCAGCAUGCCUACAAAUGCUACGUCCCAUCUCUUGGAAAUGGUUCCGUGGGCACAGCCUCAUCAGUCUGGUGAUUCGCGCUUUGAUCUACCGUAUUUUCGGAUUCUCAGGGAGCGUGAAGAAAUCUUAGGACCGCUCCAUGCAACCAGUGUGAAAGCAACGACUCCCGUAUUUGGCCCAGAUAGCUACAGUCUUACUCAGACAAAAAUAAACUUACUUUCUAAAGUCAAAAACUCUCUUUAUUCUGAAAAAUCACAAGUUGUUGAUAUUUCUAUGGUAAAUAGAUCGGCAAGCGAGAAAUUAGAUCAAAUUAAUCUCGUAACGGCUGGCUAUUUAUUUGAUUGUCAGAAGAACAAGCGUCUUGUUGGAAAUGACUCAGGACUGGCAGACUUGUGGGAAUGGAUCUCAGGAGCCGAAGAGGCAGCAGCAUCUAACGGUAUGGUUUCUGGGUCAUUAGACCUUAGUUAUCUUGGUGUUUAUUACAUUUGGACAAAUCAAUUAGGUAAAAAAAUUCAAUCACGAAUGAUAGAUAUAAAAGUCAAUCCGAAUCCAGCACAAUGGGAACAGCACAUCAGUUCGAUCAACGAAAAAAACGAACGUCCAGAAUUUGAUAAUGUCGAGACAUUAAGGCCUCAGCAUAGACAGCUAUGUCUAGCUAUUUGCGGUAACUUACGGAGUGAUGAUGAGAUCCUUAUGGAAAUAGAUGCACUUAUAGAAGCAGGUGAUUACUCAUGUGCUGCUUGUCUAGCGCUAUUCGAAGGGCGGCCUGAUUUAUCCGUCAAAAUACUCUACGACGGCGGUAGUGAGUACUUCUUCAUAGCGAUGGCACUUGACAUGAAAAUCCAAACAAAAGCUUCCUUAAAACCGCCAAAGUUGGACUGGGAAAAGGCCUUAGACGGUACUCAGGGUCUCUCGAGUAAUGUCAAUAUUCGCGCAAUUUCUCAUUAUAUCGCUACAAGCAGCUGGGAAGCUGUCGUUGAAGAAAGAUGUCUUCCACUUCGUCAAAGAGUAGCCUUAGCGUUGCGACAUUUUACUGAUGAUCAAUUGACAAACUGGCUUGAAAAGGAAAUGGAGGAGACAAUUAGAACAGGCGAUGUUCAGGGCGUAGUUUUAGCCGGAAUAACCGAUCCAACUGUCUCUAUUAUGGCCAAGUAUGUCGAAAAGUGUGGAGACUAUCAAACUGCCAUUCUUGCACUUUCCUUCUGUUACCCGAGAUAUAUUUCUGAUGUUCGUUGCGACGCUUGGCGUGAGGAAUACCGAGCAUUCUUAAAUCGCCAUAGAAGAUUUAUCGAUCGUGUUAAAUUUGAUCAAGAGUUAAUUAAGAAGAGUCGCGAUCGCAAUGGAGUUUCUUUCCUUAAGCCUUCACCAAGACAAGUGACAAUUCGCUGUCAGAAUUGUGAUCAAAUGACAACUAGUGAUCCUCCUCAUUCAGUCCAGGCCACAGGAACAACUCCAGCUAUAUUGAGAAAUCCAAUCACCAUUGCCGGCAUCAAUGCAGGCCUAAAAUGUCCUCGAUGCGGUGUUGGUCUACCUCGAUGUGUUGUAUGCAUGCAUCAUGUUCUUGGCCAGCCACGCAGUGAUAGGCCAGAAUUAUCCACAGAUCCCAUGUCAUCGAAAGCUACUGAAAGUUUUCCAACAUUCUGCAUGAAUUGUAAACAUGUCAUGCACAUGGAUCAUGCUCUUCUCUGGUUCAAAAAUCACGAAGAAUGUCCUGUUUCUGAAUGUCGCUGCCGAUGCAACGAUAUGGUUAACCGAUAG